AUGACAUAUAAGAAACUUACAAACGUGCAAUUGAAGGAACUGUUGGCGGAAAGGGGUUUGCCGGUUGCCGGUUUGAAGAACGAGCUGGUUGAAAGGUUAGAGAAGGAUGAUGUUGAAAAAGCCACUAAUGAGUCCGACGAUGAAUCGUCUCCAUUAGCAUCCAACGUCGAGCCUGCCGCCAAGGUUGAAGAACAGCCAGCAGAUGCUCAAGAGCCUGCUGUCGCUGCCGAGGCUGCUGCUGAUGUUGAAGUUGAAGCAGAGGCUGCUGCUGCAACCGAGACUGCGACGGAGGAAGCUAGCGAUGUUGUCGCUGCUAAGGAUACAGCUGCAGUGGCUGAAAAAGUGUUGUCUCCUGAGGAAAUCAAAACUAUGGCUUUGGACUUCUUGAAUAAGAAGUUACAUCGUGUUAAGAAAUUCUCCCAGGACGCACAAGAUAUCGAAGACAUCGAAAAAUUAAUAAACAGAGUUGAAAGGUUCGGUGUCGACUUACAUACUAAUCUAGCCAAGGAACUAGGUUUGGUGAAAGAAGAGAAAAAACAGCCAAACGAGAACAACAGAAACAGAAACAACAAUCCACGUAGAAAGAACAACAACGGCAAUAGAGUAAAUAAGUCUAGAGGUGGCAAUUCCAGCAAUAGAAGAAGAAAUUUCAAUGAUUCAUAUAGAAGAAGAAAUAACGUUCCAAACUAUUAA